CGGAAGUGAACAGUGACCAGGAAAAUGUCCACGUUAGCGGUUUAUUGUCGUUUAUUAUCACCAUGGAAUUCAAAGUAUAACUACUUUAACUUCCCAGCAUUACAUAUUCAACACAUGUAGUCUUUAAUUCGCUUUAGAGAAAAGACUUGUUCGAUAUACAUUAUCUAGGUAACACUAGCUAGCUGCUAACAAUGGCUAACUGUAUGGUUUUUCACACUCAAAUAGCCUCCAUCAUGGAGGCUCUAGCGAAUGCAGCCGUGGCCGAUAUCUGUAAACUCGUAGACGACGACUAUGCAGUGUUUCGUUUGGAAAUAACUCAAAGCCAGAAAGAAAAUAGGGCAUUGCGGAGGAAACUGCAGCUACUGGAACUGAAGACUGCACGAGAGCGCGUCCUCGUCAGUCGCCCCAGUAGUGUCAAGAUCCUCGACCGAUACAAAGGAAUCGCAAGAGGUGAAGGAAAUCUCACUGGAGGCUACAGGAGCUUUGUGAAGCCAGCGGGACACAAUACAUGGAGAGAUGACCAACCAAUCACAGUUGAUGAGGGGAGUGGAACCUCAACCCAGCAUGAUAUCAUGAUAGAGUCUGCAGAGGCUGCAGGUCCUGGGGUCAAGCUGGAUAAGUCUGAAGAAGAGGAAGACCCACGGCACAGCAGAGACAUUCAGACUGGAGGGGCUGGAGCGCCCCCUGUAGCCACAGAGAACCCCACCCCACCGCAGCCCAGGACCCGACACAGCAUCACGGAGGAGGUGGAGGGUCCAGAGGUGCUGCUGGUGAAGGAGGAGAGUCUGGGGAACCCUGAGGGGACCAUGGUCAUGGAGGAUAACCAGACUACACCUCCUCCUGAACCCGCAGAGGAACCAGCUGAGCAGCACAGAGCCACACACAGUCUCACUGAGUCAGUAGACAUGAAGGAUGGGAAGCCUGAUCUGCUGCUAGUCAAAGAGGAGACAAUAGAAGACGAACCAGAGAGCAUUGACCUGCUGAGUGGACUAAAGAUGGGGGAGCAAGGUGGUUGGCUGGAGGCUAACAGAGGAGACUGGGAGGCCAUCUUGGAUUCCCAGACCGGUGCAGUCAAGCGCUCAGGGGACAAUAUCACUAAGCAGGCCAGGACCAGAGGCAACAUAGUGGAGUCUGCAGUCCAUGAGGACCUGCUGAUUUCAGGUGUUGCUGGCGGGAGAGACUGGACCUCUGAAGUGGCUGGUCACAAAUCCUGGCCCCGGACCCUGGAUCAGGAGCCAUCACUCUUCCUUCCGGAGUCGGAACCAGGACCGAACCGUGAGGGACAGAGACUCCACCACCACACAGAACACAACCAGUGGACAGGUGGACUGAACAACCUCAGUCCUGGUGGUCAUCAGAGAGACAGAGGCUCCAGUCAGGGAUCCAGUCUGCAGCCCAGGCCCUUCUCUUCACAGUCUCAGUGCAGGGAUGAAGCAGGGCCUGGGGCUGAUAGAGAUAGACCCUCCUGUUCCUAUGAUACAAACACCACAGUAUCCAUGAUGAACAGAGCAGGUCACCCUGGGCUUCAGCCUUCACAGAGUGUAGUGGGAGACCCCCCUGGUAGUAGUCUAUCAGCAAGUCUGUCUUCUCCUUCAGAGUCUCGUCUAAUGCCUGGUGACUGGGUUCAUAGGACGUCUGGGUCUACCCUUCCUCAGUUACCUCAGGUUUAUCACACAAAUACAGACAGGGUCAGGAUGGGUGUUCACCACAAGAGGUACCUAGCCUAUAACACAGCACACAAUCCUAACAACACCCAAACAAUGGCUAUAGGUCAAGGAGGGAGCUCAAAUACUAACGACCUGAGUGUGGUGGCUCCUGCUUCUACCUCCUCGGGGUCACAACGUGGGAAGCGAUGCAUUAGGACAGACGCCGACAAGCCAUAUGCCUGCCCCACUUGUGGGAAGCGCUUCUCUGAGGCGAACUAUGUGAAGCAACACCAGACUGUUCACACCAAGGAGAGGCCCUUCAAGUGUAAGCUGUGUUACAAGAGCUUCUCCUUCCUGAGUAACCUUAUCAGGCAUAGGGGUGUCCACAAUGGGGAGGAGCCCUUCAGCUGUACCCAGUGUCACAUGCACUUCGCCCAUGCUGGCAACCUGAAGAGGCACCAGAGGGUCCACACAGGGGAGAAAUCCUCCAGCUGACCCCAUUGUGAGAAGAGAUUCUACAGCCAGCAACAGCUGAAGAUGCACCUGACGGUCCACACGGGAGAGAGGCCUUUCGCCUGUACGCACUGCAGGAAGAGGUUCUCAGAAAGGAGCUACCUCAGGAUACACCAAUAGAAAACCAUUCCACUCUAUAAUAUAGAAAGUAGCCAUACCACUCAAACCCUGCAUUAAAGACAAACAUGAAUUGUCAUUUUUGUCAGCAGAUGCAUUUGGAAUAACAAGAGUAACCAUGUUGAAUAUUCCUGGUGCAAAUAUUGUAUCCAGACAUUGUGAUAUAUAAGCCUAAAAUGUCUGUUCAUAUUGUGUUUGCACUGUGUAGGCUAUAUGAGGUUCACAAAUGCCAUUCAACUACUUAAUUUCUGUCCCAAAACACUUUUAUUGAGAAAAUUAAUGUAGUUUAUCAUACAGAUGUGUAGAUGAGACAGGUGUAUUUAACACUUGUUUAAGUUUAAUAAACACGAAAUGUGACACUUCAUUCUAACACUUUCAUUGACUAGUAUACAUCA